CUGCUCCCAUCUUCUCUCUCUCUCUCUCUUCUCGCUAUCUCAAUCUCCGGUUUCCUCCAGAGCAAAGGAAACUUCAUCUUCUUGUAUUUGUUGGUUCCUCAUCUCUUUCUUUUAUCAUGGAAGCGAAAUAAGCUCACCAAACUAUCCCUUUCUAAGCAUAGAAAAGGCAAAAAAAAUGUCAUCCCAAGAUGGUCUAAAUGCCAAAUUAAAUCAUAAGGCCUUUCUUGGUCUGAAGCUGUGGGUGGUGAUUGGUAUCAGUUGUGCUGCUUUGGUAAUAUUUGUUCUCAUUAUCCUAUCCAUAUUCUUGUCCCGGAGGAAAUAUCGGAUAAACCUUGACAAGUUUCCACACACUCAAAUCCCCGACAUUUCUAAGGAAAUAACAGUUGAUAGGGUUGCUGGUACCACUUUAGCACAGAGUUUCAAUGAGCGUGAAGGGUCCAUGCUUGCCUAUCAUGACAAGUUUAGUGACAAGGAUUCUAGAAAAACGCUUGGUCCUCUGACAAGCAAGUCAAGUGAUGGUGAUAACUUGAGCCAGUGCAGUUCAGUUUACCAUGAUAAGGCUGGAAGUUCAUAUUCUGGGGAUGAAGUUAGCUCUGGAGCCGCACAGAGGCCACGCUCGCCAUAUGAUGGGAUUGUAUCAGCUUCUCCUUUGGUUGGGCUUCCUGGAUUCUCACAUGUAGGAUGGGGACACUGGUUCACUCUAAGGGAUCUGGAGUAUGCCACAAACCGCUUUUCGAAGGAGAAUGUUAUUGGGGAGGGUGGGUAUGGGGUUGUAUACCGGGGGCGUUUAACAAACGGAGCUGAGGUUGCUGUUAAGAAAAUACUCAACAAUAUGGGUCAAGCUGAGAAGGAAUUUAGAGUAGAGGUGGAAGCUAUUGGCAAUGUUCGACAUAAGAAUCUUGUGCGACUUUUGGGUUAUUGUGUGGAAGGGAUUCACAGGAUGCUUGUUUAUGAAUAUGUGAACAACGGUAACUUGGAACAAUGGCUUCAUGGAGCCAUGCGCCAACGUGGAGUUCUCAGCUGGGAGUCACGCAUGAAAGUCAUCCUAGGCACAUCGAAGGCACUUGCUUACUUACAUGAGGGCAUAGAACCGAAGGUUGUUCAUAGAGAUAUAAAAUCAGGUAACAUUCUAAUAGAUGAAGAGUUUAAUGGCAAGGUUUCUGAUUUUGGAUUGGCCAAGCUUUUGGGUUCUGGCAGAAGCCAUAUCACAACAAGGGUGAUGGGAACAUUUGGAUACGUUGCUCCCGAAUAUGCUAAUACCGGACUGCUAAAUGAGAAGAGUGAUGUUUAUAGUUUUGGAGUACUACUUUUGGAAGCUGUGACUGGAAGAGACCCUGUGGAUUAUAGCCGACCUGCAAAUGAGGUAAAUCUUGUGGAGUGGAUCAAAUUCAUGGUCGGCAGCAGGAGAUCUGAAGAACUUAUUGAUCCAAACUUGGAGGUCAAACCUUCAUCCAAGGCUCUUAAAAUGGCCCUCCUGGCUGCUUUAAAAUGUGUUGAUCCUGAUUCUCAGAAAAGACCUAAAAUGAGUCAAGUUGUAAGACUGCUUGAAGCUGAAGAGUACCCAUUCCGUGAGGAAAGAAGAAACCGUCGAAGCCACAUUGCUGCUUCCAUGAAGGAUUCUUCAAGCUCCGCUGAUCUGGAUAAGAAGCCUGAAGCAUCAGAGACUGGAGAGUGACGAUGAAUUUGUUGCUUUGGAGCAUUCUCUCUAUGCUAACAAUCCUUGAAUUGUAGGCUCUUCGGAUUAUUCUUUGUAGGGUUUUGGCUCUUAACCUAAUUUUGCUGCCAUUACCAGCUUGUGGAUUUAGUUGGAAUGUAAGAAUACCGAUAGUGAAUUCCAGCUUUUGUUGUACAGUUAUUUCAGAUUUGAAGUCAUUGGGAUUUCUCUCUUGUUCAAA